CUUGGGAUUCUUCAAGCUCGAUUCGUAUAUGAAUCAUUCUAAUUCUAGCAGCCCAACUUUAUGUUAAUAUUUUGGCCAUAACUUUCUCUACACGUCUGAUUGAGAUGAUUCUUGAUUCUGUAGAAUGCUAGAAGAUAGUGCUUUAAUUUUCCUGUUGGGCAUUCAAACCAGUUCUGCCUUUUCAGGGAGAAGACUUUGUUGCAAUCUUCGUGUCUACAAUCUCACCGCUGCUGCACCGAUCCGUCUCCUUCUCCGCCACUUACGAGUUGGGAAUUAGAGUGUUUUUGCACACCAAAUUCUGGUAAGAAGUUACAGCAACAUUAAGUCCUCUUUGGAUUUAGUAUAAGAUGAAUUACAUUGUGUUUAGUCGCUGCUGAUCUUGAGAAAAACAACAGCCUUUUUACCUUUCGAAAAAUAACUGCAAAAUUCUAUUCUUGUCACGGUUUGGCUUAAUUAGAUCCUUGGGUAAAAUGUCUUUGCUGUUCCUGACCAGUUUCUAGCUAUAAUCUGCUGAUUAUUCAAGCUAAAUUCUACUGUUCAUUGCGCUCUACUCGCUGCCAAGGAAUCGUUCUUUGAUAUGAUUCUUGUGGUUGUCUAGCUUGAAAUCUUUAUUU